AUGGCCACUUCCAUUACUCUUACUUGCUUGGCGGUUGACGGUGGAAGAAACCAUCUCGGUGCCGUGUUUUUUUCUCUGGAUGUGUCGCCUCGCGAAUCUGUUGACUUCCUUUGCGACAGUAUCAAGUCUAAAUUAGCCCACCAACUGGAUCAUCUGGAUGGAGGUUACAGGAGCCGAAAAAAUAGCUUUCCGUCAAAGGAUGAGUUCCCUGAUCCUGAAUGCGACGUGGCACUGGAGGGAAACGGCCCCGUGCAGAUUCUCGACCCUGAAGACAGGAUAUCCAAAUACUGGCAGGAAGAUCCCGAGAAAAGGCAUCUCCAUCUCAUCGUCCAAUUGCCUCAUGACGGAAAGAGGAAGCAUGAGGAUCCGGUCGAUAUUUCAAUGGAGCUGUACGAUAAAUGGAACGUUUCACUCCCAAUCACUCCGAACCUUACCGAUUUGGAAGCACCCCUUGGGCCCGAAGAAAAAAUGAGGCCGUUCGUUUCAGAUCGUAAUAAAACUGACGAACAACUGUUAGGAUCCAACUGCAUACGAGGUGUGUUGGGCGGACUUAGUCCUGGGAUAGAUUUGAUGAGUCCUCCAUUUGUCUUUAAGUCAAUCUUUUGGAUAUAA